CCCACCAAUGUAGCAAUCUUUGCAAACGGCAACAGUGUAGCGCCCCUUACAGGUCUCGAACCCAUGUUCUUCAGCCCGUAGUCAGACCUGCUAACCACUGCUUCAAUAAGUAUUGACCCGUUUUGGGGGAGGUCGUAACAGGUUUACCUAGACACGGUUCGCUACACUAUAAUAAUGUCAAAUUCAUAACUCAAGUCAUACGUAGAAGUAUCCGCUGCCGCAAGACUGGUCUUUCUGUUAGGCCUAUCUCUCUAUAGCCUACUAUCCUAUUUUAUCUCUUUUGUCGCUUCCCACAACGAUGCUACUGAGGGUUGUGGAGCAACAGUCCAGUGUGCUGUUAUGUGCACACCGCGUAGGCUUUUCUCCUAGUGUCGACUUGGGUCUACCGAAUGUAGCCUAAUGAAAUUCACGGGAAGCCCUCAGAUCAAAGCGUUGAAGAUGACCAAUUUCAUGCAAUGAUUUUUAACAUUUUUUGAAUAAAUAGGCUUAUAUAGUUGAUUUAAUUCAUUUCCAUGUUACCAAUAUGUUGCUGUUUUUAGAAUAGACUGUUCACCGUCGUCUCAUUUUCACUUUAACGACGCAACAUCCUCUGAAUUUUCCACAACUACGCGAUUACGCGCGUCAAGAGGAAGGUAGAGAUUUGCAUCACAGGUGCUCGUGGACCUUUGUGCGUAAUUUUGGACCACUUUGCAUGUUCAGUGUAUAAGCGAAUUAAUUUAAUACAUCAAAGGGGAAAACACCAGAACAGUCCUACAGCAAGAAUGGUUCUGCACCUCUAACGUUCGGUUGAUUGUAAUUGGGGCAUGCGUUUUAUUGUUUAUCCAUAGCGGACUGUCGGAGUUUCGAUAAACCUAGAUGCAAAAAACAAAACAUAGCAAAUAAUUGGAAAUAACACGAGGCACUGCUUGAUUAUGAGGGUAUCCAUAAUCUGAAAAGCAUUUUUAUUUGUAAUUUUAAGGAAGGAAAUAUUACAGGCUUGAAUAACGCUUCUGUCCUGCACAAUAGAAGACAACAUUUAGUGUAUAUCCCAUGUUCAUUCUGCUGGGGUUUUCUGAGACUGCUCCGGCUGUAUACUUUUGCAAAGCUCAUCAGCAUCAACAUUUUCAGCCACUUCAAACACAUCACGCCACAAGAGGAGGGAGCCUAGCUGCUUUUGGCAUUUUAAAAAGACGCUGAUCAAAGAAGAAGUCAAAACUGAACUGCAGUGAAGAAAACACCUUCAGGAAGACAGUGAGUUUCUUGAGUGAACCAGAAGACUCCACCAGGCCUGUGCCCUGGAAACAACACCAUUUGACUGAGAACUAUCAGAGUGACUGCUGACCUCACAGCUGUUAUUGUUGUUUUAAAAAGGAAGAAGAAAUGUGUGGGCAUCUCUGGUGACCUGCUGGGUAGCAGUGGUCUUCUUGUGCUGUAGUAGGAGUGGCUGAACCACGAUUACCAUAGUGGGACAAUGGCACGGCCAGGCUCUGGGUUGCUGGUGUCGGUCAACGGGCUGGGGUACCCCCCUCAGAACCUGGCCCGGGUGGUGGUGUGGGAGUGGCUGAAUGAACAUGGGCGCUGGCGGCCCUACAACGUGACAACUUGCCACCACAUAGAGAACGUACUGAAGGGGGAUACGCGGGGGACUGUGGUCCUUGGACAGGUGGAUGUCCAGCUUGCCCCUUACGUCAUAGACCUGCAGUCCAUGCACCAGUUCAGACAGGACACAGGCACCAUGAGGCCGGUCCACAGGAACUUCUAUGAGCCGUCGUCGGCCCCUGGGAAGGGUGUGGUGUGGGAAUGGGAGAACGACAGCGGCUCCUGGACGCCCUACGACAUGGAGAUCUGUGUGACCAUCCAGAACGCCUAUGAGAAGCAGCACCCCUGGCUGGACCUGACCUCUCUGGGCUUCUGCUACCUCAUUGACUUCAACAGCAUGGUCCAGACCAACCGGCAGAGCCAGAGGAAACGCCGCCUGCGCCGACGCAUGGAUCUAGCCUACCCUCUCAUCAUGGGCUCCAUCCCCAAGUCCCAGUCUUGGCCCGUGGGAGCCAGCUCCGGCCAGCCCUGCUCCUGUCAGCAGUGCAUCCUGGUCAACAGCACGCGGGCUGCCUCCAACGCCAUCCUGGCCUCUCAGCACCGUAAGCUGUAUGGUGGGGCUACGGGGCCUUCGGGGGCUACAGGCACGCACACCUUCGCUGGAACCACCCUCUGGUCCCCCACAUCUAGUGCUGGGACCAAUAAUAUACAACAUAACAACAUAAGCGCAGGAGGAGGCCAAGCCAAAGCUGAACAGGUGCAGUCUCUCCUGUCUAGUGCCAACUUCCCAUGUUCCCCGGCGCUGCCGUCCCUUCCGCCUGCACAUGGCCACUCCCACGCCCACGCACACUCCCACGGUCACCAUGCCAUCAUCAAUGGGCAGAACAACUUGAACCGGCCGGGCACCCAGCGCAUUUCCAUGGGCACUGCCAGAGGAGCCAUCCCACCAGGGGUCCCUCCCCUUCCUGUUAAGAACCUUACUGUCUCUGGACCAGUUCACCCAGCAAUUGCAGGUAUGACAGGUAUCCUGAUGUGUGCGGCUGGCCUGCCUGUGUGUCUGACCAGGGCCCCUAAACCCAUUCUGCACCCGCCGCCCAUAAACAAGAGUGACAUGAAGCCUGUGCCUGGGGUCAACGGCAUCCGCCGCAAGACCAAGAAGAAGCACCUCAGGAGAGGGAAAAACCCAGAGGAUGUGGUGCGGAGAUACACAGAGAAAGUGAAAGUAGCCCCUGAUGAGGACUGCACCAUCUGCAGGGAGAGGCUGGUGAUGUCAUCAGGCUACGAGGGUGUCAAGGGCAUAAAGCCAGAGGUGGUGGGCAAACUUGGCAAGUGUGGGCAUAUGUACCAUCUGCUGUGCCUGGUUGCCAUGUACAACAAUGGCAACAAGGAUGGCAGUCUUCAGUGCCCCACUUGUAAGGCUAUCUAUGGGGAGAAGACAGGCACACAGCCCCCUGGGAAGAUGGAGUACCAUGUCAUCCCCCACUGCCUGCCCGGCUACCCAGAGGCCAAGACCAUCCGCAUCGUCUAUGACAUUCCUGCUGGGCUACAGACCACAGAGCAUCCCAACCCAGGGAAGAAGUUCAGCGCUAGGGGGUUCCCCCGGCACUGCUACCUCCCAGACAAUAACAAAGGCAGGAGGGUCCUGAAGCUCCUGAUCAUGGCGUGGGACCGCCGCCUCAUCUUCACCAUCGGCACGUCCAGCACCACGGGAGAGUCAGACACAGUGGUGUGGAAUGAGAUCCACCACAAGACAGAGUUUGGCUCCAACCUGACGGGACACGGCUACCCAGACCCCAACUACCUGGACAACGUUCUGACAGAGCUGUCAGCCCAAGGGGUGGGACAGGACAACCUGAAGGACUGAGAGGGGGGGACAGAGAGGCCCCAGAGGACCACCAACCAUAUCUAUAUCUGACAGGGUCUCUGAAUGAGGAGGCAACAUGCAGGCCAGAUAACCGUAUUUUGCUCCCCACACCCAAAACAGACCUACAGACCCUCAUGUUCUGUAUGUGGGCAAACUAAUAUAUAGCAAAUUACAUAAUAAUGACACGAUAACGUCAUGAUUGUGUUAUACUGUUAUUUGCAUUUACCUAAACAUAACUGUAAAACUUUUCCCACUGCUGUCUCUUUGUCCAUGCCUUGAGCAGGUGUGUUUUUGCCAAAAUUUCAACCUGAUAGGUUAAGGAAUGUAAAGACAGGAUGUAAAACUGAUCUCAAUGUGUACUGGCUAUUGUGGGGUUUAGACAUUGAUGCACGUCAACAGUCAUUGAUUCCUCUGAGACAGGAUAUUGAACCUCCUCUUCUGUAAUAACACCAUGGCGUUGGAGGAGAUGUCUGUUAAUGUUCACCACCGAACCAUAUGGCCCAGAGUUUUCAUUGAAUGUUGACCGCAUAACUGCGACUUUUGCUAAACAGUUGGCUAGGGCUCUGAAGGCUCUACAUGUCUGGCCACAUUUAUUCAACUUUUUUCAGAUGUGCAUUUUUGAAAGAAUAGGGAAGUUGUAGUUGGUGUUUGUGUGGAAAUCUUCAGGAGAAUUUUAAUAUGCACAAUUUACUUAUAUAAUUUGAAAAGCAUGGUUGCAAUUCCAGAUCAGAAUUGUAUUAGUCUAAUUCACACCAAAUCUACACAGUUCAACUUAUGACAUGCUGAUGUGGUUGCUAGUGAGAGUCUUUUAAAAGUGAGGCCUAUUGCUAGUUUUAGCUUGGUGGUUUUCCACACCAAAGCUGUCUGUAGAUCUGAGUGGACGGUCACGGCUAUGUGAUUCUCAGAAAGGAGACAGGGCAUCUCUGAUUGGCUACACAGGGCUGUUUCACAGCGCUUUGCGCCAUUGGCCGAUGAGUCUAUUGAAUGUUCAAAUGCACCACCUGACAGAGAGCCAGUCAGAGGAUCUGAGGACACAGCCGUCUCACAGUAAAUGUCUUUUCUAAUGGUGUGCCAACCAGAGAGGAUGCCUCUGGAAGUAAAACCUGAUGUAGGUUCAUACAUAAGCAUCUAACCGACCAGUUAGAUGUUUGUUAAAACGGUAUGCUCCUGUAAGUUAAGAACUGAGGCAGUAGAGCACACCUUGCUCCACUCCAAGGUUAACCUCAUUUGUUUUGUUGACACAUUGAUGAUGCUGACCUCUGUGAAUAAGCCUGCCUUAUUAUUCUCCCUGCGGAGGAGGUCCAGUUAUUGGCAUGAUCUAUCACACUCGCAGCACGUGUGUGUGCCUACUUGCGUGUGUGUUUGAGUGUGUGCUCUGGUGUUAAUAAGUUCUCUGGCCCUCUAGACCUUGAACACAGGAGCGGAACAUGCUUCUCAGGGAGUGAUGUCCUCCUCAGAGAAUGACUCUCCUCUUCCAGGAGAUCCAUCAUACAGUAGAGUAGGCAGAGCAGCCCUCACACACACACAUGCGCACACGCACACACAACCUGUGAUGUACAAGCCUGGUGUUCCUCUCUGCUCUGCGGUGCUGGGUUGGAUGCAUGAUGAGCCUCUGCUGUUCCAUGGUGCUGCAGCCAACAGACCCCCACCCCACCACCACCACUACCCAAUACUGUUUGAUCCCUCUGAAGGCUCUGAUACUUAGGUCUGAUACUGCUGUAUGAUACUUAGGUCUGAUACAGCUGUAUGAUACUUAGGUCUGAUAAUGCUGUAUGAUACUUAGGUCUGAUACAGCUGUAUGAUACUUAGGUCUGAUACAGCUGUAUGAUACUUAGGUCUGAUACUGCUGUAUGAUACUUAGGUCUGAUACUGCUGUAUGAUACUUAGGUCUGAUACUGCUGUAUGAUACUUAGGUCUGAUACAGUUGUAUGACACUUAGGUCUGAUACUGCUGUAUGAUACUUAGGUCUGAUACUGCUGUAUGAUACUUAGGUCUGAUACUGCUGUAUGAUACUUAGGUCUGAUAAUGCUGUAUGAUACUUAGGUCUGAUACUGCUGUAUGAUACUUAGGUCUGAUAAUGCUGUAUGAUACUUAGGUCUGAUACUGCUGUAUGAUACUUAGGUCUGAUACUGCUGUAUGAUACUUAGGUCUGAUACAGCUGUAUGAUACUUAGGUUUGAUAAUGCUGUAUGAUACUUAGGUCUGAUACUGCUGUAUGAUACUUAGGUCUGAUACAGCUGUAUAAUACUUAGGUCUGAUACAGCUGUAUGAUACUUAGGUCUGAUACUGCUGUAUGAUACUUAGGUCUGAUACUGCUGUAUGAUACUUAGGUCUGAUACAGCUGUAUGAUACUUAGGUCUGAUACAGCUGUAUGAUACUUAGGUCUGAUACUGCUGUAUGAUACUUAGGUCUGAUACUGCUGUAUGAUACUUAGGUCUGAUACUGCUGUAUGAUACUUAGGUCUGAUACAGCUGUAUGAUACUUAGGUCUGAUACAGCUGUAUGAUACUUAGGUCUGAUAAUGCUGUAUGAUACUUAGGUCUGAUACAGCUGUAUAAUACUUAGGUCUGAUACAGCUGUAUGAUACUUAGGUCUGAUACUGCUGUAUGAUACUUAGGUCUGAUACUGCUGUAUGAUACUUAGGUCUGAUACAGCUGUAUGAUACUUAGGUCUGAUACAGCUGUAUGAUACUUAGGUCUGAUACUGCUGUAUGAUACUUAGGUCUGAUACUGCUGUAUGAUACUUAGGUCUGAUACUGCUGUAUGAUACUUAGGUCUGAUACAGCUGUAUGAUACUUAGGUCUGAUACAGCUGUAUGAUACUUAGGUCUGAUAAUGCUGUAUGAUACUUAGGUCUGAUACAGCUGUAUGAUACUUAGGUCUGAUACUGCUGUAUGAUACUUAGGUCUGAUACAGCUGUAUGAUACUUAGGUCUGAUACUGCUGUAUGAUACUUAGGUCUGAUAAUGCUGUAUGAUACUUAGGUCUGAUACUGCUGUAUGAUACUUAGGUCUGAUACUGCUGUAUGAUACUUAGGUCUGAUACUGCUGUAUCCCCUUUCCUCAGUAGCUAGAUGAGCUCAUUCUACAGUAGGAUCUAUCAGAAUGUUGUUCUUUAAAGUACAGUAUGUGAAGCUGAUGAUGCACUGGGUUUUUCCACUCCCUUUGCUACCUCCUCCCUUCCAUCCCCACAGAUUCUAUGCCCAUAAGCUAAAGAGUUCGAAGGUUUUAGGGCUCGAUUCAACCCAUUGAUAUGUAAAAGCAAUGUCCCUGUGUUUGUGGAGACUGCUUUCACUGUAAACGCUGCAUUUGUCGGCUCAAUUGAGAAUUACUUUUACAUUUCAAUUGUGCCAUAGCACUGAACUUCCACGAUACAGAUUGAAUUGAGCCCUAAGUCUGAUGAUGAAAUCUUGUGAUGUUUCUUUUACCUAAAAUAACAGUUCCUCUUUAGGUUGCAUAAUUCUCUCCUUGAGUAGGAUCUGAUCAAUUUGAAUGAGUGGAGAUGUUGGUAUAAUCCAGAAGAGAUUCGUGUUGAGGUUUUUAUGGUGUGCCACCCAGUUCACAGGGUUUGAUCCUUUAAAUGCUUUUGAAUAUUUUGGACUGAAUCAUAGUCUUCCGUAGCACUUUGAGGCAGCAGUUUUCUUUAAUUAAUCCUUUCAUUUUUGGAAGAUGUCUUUAAAUGUAUUGGCUACUAUAGCUGCUGUUUUUUAUUUUCAUGUUUAUAAACAUGUCUUGUAUUGCUUCAAAUAUAUAUACAGUAUAUAUCUAUACAUUUGCAGAUGUGAUCUACCUUUAAAUGUACAUGUAUGCUCAAUUUGAGUCAUAUGGUGUAAGUUUAAUUUAUUUUUAUACUCUUCUAUAUAAGAAAAUAAACAUUCACAUCUACCCGCCCACACACAGAAACAUAUAAAAUGAGUAGAUCAAAUCUGGCAUAUGUGAUUUGCCAGUAUGUCAGGGACUGUUGAAAUGUGUAUGCUAGCUUAUGAGCGUCUUAUACUGUAUUAGCAGUAGUCUUAGCGUUUGCUGCUGUUGUUAAUGUAGAUUCUGUGAAGUGGAGCCCCUGAGGGAUUCAGUAAGUACAGGAAGUCCCUGUUUAUUAUUUGUUGGGGGGAGUUUAGCAGCAUGACGUCGACCCUAUACCCCAGAUGGGUCAUUGACCAUAGAAUUCUAAUUCUAAUUCUGUUAUUUACCUUGUAUAACCUAAGAGAACCAAUAGGAGGAUACUGUCAGUACCUCAAACUGGUGAGAAUGAAAAACAAGAGGCAUUUUGUCUUUUCAUUUCUUCUUUAUCCUUUUGCAAGUUGACACAUUUUAAGCUUUUUGUCACCCUCGUAAUAGGGAAAAGCAGGAAAGAAUUGAUUUCAGUCUUAUCAGGGAAAUUUCCAUUUUAAGUGAGACUCAUUGAGUUGUACAGGGAAAAUGUUUUCAGUUAAUGUUUCAAUACCAGAUCAUGCUCAGAUUUCCAGUCUCCAAAUGCUUACAUAUGUACCUGUAAUAUUAAUCAAAUAUUUCAUUGUCUAGGCCUCCUCAGCUUUUCAGGUGUGUACAUACAGUCCGUAUACUUUCAGUGGUCUGUACAUGGGGAACUUUAUUGUGAGCAUACAUUUUAUGGUCUAGUUUUGGACAGCGGAAUAAAGUUUAUGCAAUUAUAUAUGCGACCAAUUUGUACCUUAUGUGUAGCAGGAGGGAUCAGGAGGUGUUGGGGACAGGAGAAUGGAUGUUCAACAUUCUGUAAGGCGUGUCCAUUUGUGACCAAAGGAGACAGUGAUCCAAAGGUAUGGCUCAAAUGCUCCAUAUAGGAGAACACAUAUAUUUUUUGAUGUAUUUUUUAAAAGAUUGAUUGUUUUCAAUUGAGCAUUCAUAGUGUGCAACAUUGUUAUAUUACAGUAAUUAAAGAAACAUUCCAUACGAUUCUCCAUAGCAUAUAUUGAUUAGGUGUGGGAUCCUUUCUCAUGAGGAGUUUACCUCACAAUCAUAUUGAAAACAUCCAAAGGCAUAUUGCACUUAUCUGUGUACACAGAUAUGCCUGCAACAAAUUGGUGUGUGUGUGUGUGUGUGUGUGUGUGUGUGUGUGUGUGUGUGUGUGUGUGUGUGUGUGUGUGUGUGUGUGUGUGUGUGUGUGUGUGUGUGUGUGUGUGUGUGUGUGUGUGUGUGUGUGUGUGUGUGAGAGAGAAAAUGCCUGGUUUAAGCUUCUAAAAUAUUUAAACAGUAGAUAUUUGGGGGCUGAAAUAAAAAAAUGUCAUAGAAGUGCAUGUUACUCAAGAUGUCAACAAGUCUGCUGACAAAAAUGUUCUGGAGUCUUUAGAGAUGUGUGUGGACUAGCAUGGUGGACUGCUCCAUACUACACUGUUUAUCUGUGUGUUUUGAUCUCUUAAGAGGGUUUGAUGGAGAGAGAUGAGCAUGAAAUAGCACUUUGCUGCUCCUCUCUGUUUCACAUAAAAGGUAAUCAAUCGUAUGUAUCAGGUCAUCAUCUGCAUUUUCAAUGCCCAUUUUUUACAGACAAAAUGUCAGAGAACCAUGUGGCUAUGGUUCAACAUUCACAUUUAAUUUCUCAUCAGAAGCAACAUAUUACAUAUAAAACAUUCAAUAAAACACAGAAAGAGAAAUGGAGAUUUGAAGUGUAAAAUAAAAUGAAUGACAAAAAAUAAAGGCAAGAUUAGAGACAUUGACUAGACAUUAAAGGGCUCUGAAUCUGAACCAGUCUCUACUGGAUUGGGAUGAUUUUGUUGCAUGUUUGUUUGUUUCAUGUGGAAAAUAAAUGUGCCCUCAACGGGGUAGUUUGUUUGA